CAGAAAUUCAUGGUAGGAAAUUACAAAAUCAUCAAGAAGGUCGGCAAAGGGCGAUUCUCAUCGGUGAUGCUUGCUCGCCAUUUGUUCACUGGACAGCAGGUGGCCGUGAAAAUGGUCGAGAAGAAGUAUCUUGAUGAAAACGAGCUUAACACGCUGAUGAGAGAGGUUGGCAUACUCAAACAAUUGAACCACCCGAAUAUAGUGCGAUUGUUCGAGGUCAUCAUCACAUCAGAGACGAUAUACCUGGUGCAAGAGUAUUGUCCGCAUGGAGAGUUUUACGACUACCUCGUGCCGAAAGGCAAGAUGAAGGAGGAGGAGGCGAAGAAAUGCUUCUACCAGAUUUUCUCAGCCAUCAACUACUGCCACUCCGAAAUGGUCGUGCAUCGAGAUCUCAAGCCUGAGAACGUGCUAUUGGAUGCAGAUCUAAAUAUCAAACUAGCCGACUUCGGACUAAGUCGAUUCUACGAUCCAAACGAGAAGUGCAAAACAUUUUGCGGCAGCCCGUUCUACGCCGCACCGGAGAUUUUCACCGGCACUCCGUAUACAGGCCCAGAGCCGGACAUUUGGGCUUUGGGUGUGAUGGUAUACACUGUGGUCUCGGGUAUUCUGCCGUUCGAGAAUGCGUCGGCAGCGACUGAAGGGCGAUAUACUAUGGAUGAUGAUAUAUCUAUACAUUGCCAGAGUCUGAUACGCGGAUGUUUACAGCCUGACCGAUACAGGCGGUGUACCAUCAAAGACUGUGUCAUGUCGGAAUGGAUUAGGGAUGUGUCGGGGGGAGCUGAAGGCAUUCCCGGAACGAAUAAAGAAGCUCUGCUAAAUUUAGACCAGGAAAUACUACAACUAAUGGAAUCUUCAGGCUACAAAGCGUCGGAUGUGCUCGACUCCGUAUCCACCGAUCGGUUUGACGAUCCCUAUGCCACAUAUAUGUUAUAUCGAGAGAGGAAACUGAAGUACCCGCAAUUGCACAACGCUGUCCUUGCGGAUCUCAUGAGCUCACUGCAAAUCAAAUCGGGGACGCCGUCGCCCUUGCCGAAGGCAUUUGCUUCAGGGGACAUAUCUCAGCAGGCCAUCCAGAACGUGACCACACUCGACGGUCGCAAGCUAAGCAUGGAGAACUUUGCUUCCGAACUGGGCAUGGACAUAGGGACAAGUCUUGACAACAGUCAUUGGGGUCUCGCUGUGACCACCACCAAAGGCAACAAGUCCGCCGACCAUUCUCCAGAGCCACCCGCCAACACAUCAUAUCGUACCUCUAUGUCGUCAGUAGGCACGCCAAAAAGCACUACCACCAUCCCCGAAUCACCCACUGGUUUGAGCAGCAGCAGCAGCUUCAAGCACAAGCAACCGAGGGCGAAAAGAAGUCAUAAGCGGACGGCAAGAGUGUCGCGUCUGUCGCUGAUUUCCCGGACUAUUUCAUACCGACCCGCAAAAGAGAUAUACGACAUAGUGCAGAACGCAUUGUCUAGCAUGAAGAUCAUACACAGCGGAAACAGCGAGCAUUCCGAGCACUUUAUUCUCACGUGUGUGUUCCAGGACUUGCAGUGGGAGAUAGAGGUCUGUCGCAUGCCCAUGGUCAAUAUACACGGACUCAAGUUCAAGCGAUUAAUGGGGGACACUGAAACGUACAAAAUGAUCGUGGAGCGCGUCAUACUCCUGGUAGAACGGGAACUUUGAAUAAACGGACAGGUAG